GAACCACAAGAGCAUGUACGUGCAAACAGUGGUCCUGCACACGAACCGCAGGGGCCAGAGGCUGCUGCGCGUGCACAACACGGCGGUGCUCGUCACAGCGUCCAUGCGGCAGGUGUUCGGCGGCGUCUCCAUUGCCCCGCUUAUGGCCGUGAUGCUGAAGCAGGCGUGCUUGCUGGCGCUGACGCAGCGCAUUUCUGGGUCGACAAAGGUCCUGCCCCGCGACUUCCUGCUGGAGUUCUGCCUCCAGGCCCUGACCAGCUACCUCCGGCACUGCGGGCCCAGCAAGUCCAGCGCGGGCUGCUUGGUGCUCGGCAGGAGGCUUUGCCUCCUGCCGCUCUACACGCUCGCCGCGCGCAAGCUCCUGUUCCUGCUGACCGGCGGCCAGGGGAGGCAGGAGAGGAGGGCGAAGCGAGACUGCGGAGCAUCCUCAGGACGAUGCCCGUCCACUCUAUCGUGUCCGCCCUCUACCCGCGCGUCUACACGCUGCCGGCCGACCCGGCCGCCCCGCUGCCCGCGCCGGAGCACCCCACGCUGGCGGAGUACAUGGCGAGCGGGCUGAGCCCCGACGCUCGCCUGGUCUUCAGCAGCCUGGGCAGCUGGAUCGACCUGCCCUCUCGCCAGGGCGACGCGGCUCCGCCGGAGUUGAGCCAGGAGCUGUGGCAGAGCGCCGAGGAGCUCAGCGCGCGGCUGUGCAACUCCCAGGGAGCCGCGGCCGCGUUCCCACCGGUGCGCUGGCUGCCUCGUGGGGGCGGCGCGGGGCUGGGCUCGUCUCUGUUCGACGGCGCCAGUUGGGAGGACAAGGUUCUGUUGUCCGCGCUCUUUGUCGAAGACGAUGGCGCAACAGAGAUGGGCUACCCGGAGUGGGUGCACUUCCUCCAAGAGGAGCUGGCCCGCCGCGCGUGCGAGCGCGAGUAG